AUGUUCGGACUUGUGUGCAAAAUGCUCUUUGCUCUUCUCUUCGUUCUUUGUCUGUCAGUUUCAGCAGCUCCGGCCCUUUUCGAACUUCCAAACCGUUCCGUUCGUUUGAUUCGCUCGGAUCCAGCGGCUUACGACGGAUACGAGAACAGCUUCUACCGGGGAUACGGAGCUGAUCAGCAAUUCAGAUUCAACUCUCAACCAAAUUGGUAA